AUGUCACUGAAUCAACUUCAUAGCUGGCUGAAUGCUGUGGUCUUUGGGCUCCUGCUUCUCCUCCACGUGCAGGGUCAAGACUCAUCAAAGGCCAGCCCCAUCAGAAACACGCACACAGGCAAAGUCAGAGGCAGCCUCAUCCAAGUGAAUGACACCAAAGCUGGUGUUCACAGAUUCCUGGGAAUCCCCUUUGCCAAGCCACCUGUGGGACCACUGCGCUUUGCACCCCCUGAAGCCCCUGAACCAUGGAGCGGUGUGAGAGAUGGGACCUCAUAUCCAGCCAUUUGCCUGCAAAAUGUUGAUAUGAUGAAUUCAGAGGGCCUGAAGAAGCUAAAAAUGAUGAUGCCCCCCAUCUCUGUGUCUGAGGACUGCCUGCAUCUCAACAUCUACACUCCAUCACAUGCCCAUGAGGGCUCUAACCUGCCUGUAAUGGUGUGGAUCCAUGGUGGUGCACUGGUUGUAGGAACAGCUUCCAUGUAUGAUGGAUCCAUGCUGACAGCCAUUGAGGAUGUGGUGAUUGUCACUAUCCAGUACCGCCUGGGUGUCCUGGGCUUCUUCAGCACUGGAGACCAGCAUGCCAGAGGCAACUGGGGCUACCUGGACCAAGUGGCCGCCCUACGCUGGGUCCAGCAGAACAUCGCCCACUUUGGAGGCAACCCAGACCAGGUCACCAUUUUUGGUGAGUCAGCAGGUGGCACAAGUGUGUCUUCACUUGUUUUGUCCCCAUUGUCCAAAGGACUCUUCCAUGGUGCCAUCAUGCAGAGUGGAGUAGCCCUGUUGCCUGGUCUCAUCUCCAGCUCUUCUGAGGUGGUUUACCAAACGGUUGCCAACCUAUCUGGAUGUGAAGCCAUGGACUCAGAGGCCCUGGUACACUGUCUGAGAGGCAAGAGUGAAGCAGAGAUUCUGGACAUUAACAAGGUCUUCCAGGUCAUCCCUGCUGUGGUGGAUGGGGAGUUCCUACCCAGGCAUCCACAAGAGUUGUUGGCUUCUGUGGAUUUUCACCCUGUUCCCAGCAUCAUAGGUGUCAACAAUGAUGAGUAUGGUUGGAUCAUACCAACGGUCAUAGGCUCUGCUCAGACAAUAAAGGAAAUAACGAGAGAGAACCUGCAGGAUGUUCUGAAGAAUACAGCAGCUCAAAUGAUGCUGCCUCCUGAGUAUAGUGACCUGCUAAUGGAAGAGUACAUGGGGAACACUGAGGACCCCCAAGCCCUCCAAAUACAGUUCACAGAGAUGAUGGGAGACUUCAUGUUUGUUAUCCCUGCACUCCAAGUAGCACAUUUUCAGCGUUCCCAUGCUCCUGUCUACUUCUAUGAGUUCCAACAUCGGUCCAGCUUCUUCAAGGAUAUCAAGCCAUCCCACGUGAAGGCUGACCAUGGUGAUGUGGUUCCUUUUGUCUUUGGAUCCUUCUUCUGGAGUACAAAAUUUGACCUCACUGAAGAGGAAGAGCUGCUCAACAGGAGGAUGAUGAAGUACUGGGCCAAUUUUGCAAGACAUGGGAACCCCAACAGCGAGGGUCUACCCUACUGGCCCAUGUUGGACCAUGAUGAGCAAUACCUGCAGCUGGACAUCAAGCCUACUGUGGGCCGAGCCCUGAAGGCCAGAAGGCUGAAAUUCUGGACCAAGACUCUGCCCCAGAAGAUCCAGGAGCUAAAGAGAUCUCAGAACAUGCAUAAAGAGCUCUAG